AUGUAGAAGAUAUAAAACCUAUUUGACUUAGAAUAUUAAAUUAGACAAUUCAAAUAUCAUGAUUAAAUUGAAAAACAGGAAACAAAACUUGAAGGUUUAAAUCAAUUCAAAUAAAAAUUGAAAAAAAAUGGUUGCUGUAACCCAGUAAUAGAUACAUUAUGUACCUAGAAAACUAAAGUGAAAAUUGCUUUAGAAAACUGUUCCAAGAGGAUUACAUCGUUUUUGAAUGCUCACAUGGUUUUCAUAGGGAAUGCAUUCUUCAAAAUGUUAAAGUAAUCCAACUGUAUUGGAUUAAAAGGCUUAUCAAAGUAUGCUCUUUGCUUAGAAAAACAAUGA